AGCAUAAAACGGACCGCGGCCAUUUAAAGGACUUUACAUUAAACUAACCUCUCUUAACUGGACACCGGCCUAUUGGAGUAAAACAAUUUGAAUCACAUAGAAAAAGAAAUUAUUUAAAUUUAUUAUUUUUUUAAUUAAUUCUAAUUUUUCAAGUUUUGCGUGCACACAAUUAGUGUAACUCAUAUAGAGUAUAAUGAGACUGAUCGUCGUAUUUAUCUUCGCUGGUUUAAUUCAUGUUUCUGUCAGCGAAGACUGUAAAGGAUGCAUUUCCUUAGAUUCUUAUUCAUUCGACAAGAUGAUCUCAAAGUUUAAAGCAGUACUCGUUAAAUUUGAUGUUGCAUUUCCAUAUGGUGGCAAACAUGAACAAUAUGGGACUUUGGCAGCUGAUACCAAAGAUUCGCAGGACCUGUUAAUAGCUAUAGUAGGUGUAAAAGAUUUUGGCAAUAAAGAGAAUUCUGAUCUUGCACAACGAUACAAUAUCAAAAAGGAAGACUUUCCAGUAGUUUUGCUAUUUGUCCAAGGCAAAUCUGAGCCCGUUAGAUUCAUUACUGAGAAAGAUUCUGAUUUUACUGGUGAAAACUUGAAACGAUUUAUCAGAUCUAACACCAAUGUAUAUUUGGGUUUGCCAGGAUGUGUAGAAAAGCUGGAUAAGUUAGCAGAAGAAUUUAAAGUUGCAGAAGAACAGGAAAGACAGAAAAUAUUAAAGAAAGCAAGAAUCUUUGAAGAAACUUUACCGGAACAACAACAAGAAGCUGCAAAAAUUUACAUAAAAACCAUGGAAAAGAUUUUAGAGCGAGGAAAUGUAUUUGUACAAACAGAAGAGACACGAAUACAGGGUCUUCUUUACAGAGGAAAACUAUCUGAUCAAAACAAACGUGCAAUAGAAGAAAGACGAAACAUUCUACAGUCUUUUUCAAUAAGAGACGAGCUGUAGAUUUGUUGAGAUAACUAAUAAUUAUUUAUAAUUGAAAUUUUUUAGUCCACGCAGUAUUUAUAUUAAUUUACAAUUGGUUUUUAUAUACUCGAAGCAAGUCAUCACUAUCGUCACUCCUUACGUAUAAUCCCGUAACUCCAAAACGCAAGUUUUAGAGGAAAGCAGUUUAAAAGUUUAAAGCUUCAUGUUUCCCUAGUUAAAGGAUCUUUCGGUUUCAAAUUUUUACCGUACUUAUGAAUAUUUUUUUUUUUAAUAUUUGGUGACCAUAUAAAGAACAUGAUUUUCUAAAAGUGUCACUAUGCAAUAAACUGAGAAAAUUCCGUAUAUGUGACACUUAUAUAAUUACACGUAGGGAGUGUAAGAUAUUAUGUGCACAAGUAACAAGAAAUAAUGUGUGCUGAUAUUUAAAAUAGUAUAAUAAUAUUACAUUACUUGGUCUUUUGAUAAGAGAGAACGGAGUAAUGACGCUCACUUAAGAAAAUCUAUUAAUAUCUUCAUAGUUUUUCAUCGAAUAUAUAUACUCUUUUUGUUAUUCAUAUAUGCUUAUACCUACGUUAUUUUAAAUUAAAUUUUAUAGAAAGUAAAACAUUAGAUAAAGGCUGCGUUCGGGGAACACACUAUCUGCAUCAUUCUAUCUUUGUCGCUCAUUAGAUGAAAAACAAAGACAUAAAGCAAAUAGCGGGCUCCGCAAAUGCAGCCAAAAAGUAAUAUAUAUCAUUCAGAAUUCUUGUAAUUGAAGUGAUCGGUCCGACUCGUUGAGCGCCGUGGCUGUUUUCGCAACAUUCUCUCAUAGUGAAGUGUUUUAUUGUGUGUGUUUUCUAUCACAAAAUAUAAUUUAUACGCUUAUAUGUAUAUAGCUGUUUUGCUUUACAAACAGAACAUGCAAUCAAUAAUUAUAAAAAAUAUACAAGUCAUUUAUUAAAUGAGUAUGAAGGAACUUUUAUUUUAUAUAAAAUAACGUACAUACUGAGUUUUCCUUAUUGUUUACACAAGUUCUCGCAUUCAUUCCAGUACUGCCAUUUUGUGUUACUCUAUUGUCAAAAGUUUAAUAUAUUUAUAUAAAUUUUGUUAUACCAUACGAUGUUAUUCGUGUCAAAUUUAGAUUUAAUAAGAAGAUAAAUAUAUCUUUUUUCGUCAAUGAUUACUAAAGUAUUUAUCUGUGUGCUCAAA